UCUGCCAUUGCCAUUCAUCUUCUCAACAACUUUACAAAACCUUGACUUCUUUGCCAUCAUUCUGAGCUUCAAUUGACGUGGGUUCCACUGCUUAUUAUAACCUCAUUGGAAGUUCAGAGGAUCUCAUUAGGUAAAGGACUUCUUCAAUCCUAAUCUGAUGCCUGCAUUUCACCUGCUCAAUUAAUAAAGCAGUCCUAAAGGGUCCGCCAUGAAAGCUUGGAUCAAGAAACUCGUGCCCAAGUGAAGAAAUUGUUCAGGAGAAAAGUGGGGGAGUUUUGGUUUGUUCCAUGGCAUUUAAGCUGCCUUUGUGUUGUCUAUUGGUAAGGAGGUACAGUAAAAGGAAAAAUGGGGCUGUGAAGAAUCUGAGCACAGGGAAGGUGCAGAAGUUUUCAUGGGAGGAAAUCAAGAAGAUUACAAAGAAUUUCCGUGUGGUCAUUGGUGUGGGGGGAUUUAGUACUGUUUACAGAGCAGUUUUGGCAGAUCAGAGAGUUUGUGUGGUGAAAGUCCAGAUAAGAAAAACAGAGCGCUUAAGGGGGGCUUACAGGCAAGAAUUGCAUGCCCUGUUGCGAGCUCGUCAUGAUAAUUUGGUGAAUUUGAUUGGGUACUGCGACGAAAGUGAAGCGGGAGUACUGGUUCUUGAGUACGUGAAAAAUGGGAACUUGCAUGAUACCUUGCAUGCGGAUGAUAAGUUUCUUGCAUGGCCACGUCGUUUUGGCAUAGCAUGUCAAAUUGCAUCGGCCUUACAGUAUCUUCACGAGGUUUGUGAGCCUGCUAUUCUUCACUGUGACAUCAAAUCUUCCAACAUUCUUCUGGACGAGAAUUACAAUGCAAAGCUCUGUGACUUUGGGUUCUCUAGAACAGGGGAUAAUAGUUAUUUGACUAAGAGUGGUGUAAUGGGUUCCCCUGGUUAUAUUGAUCCUCACUGUUUCAGGAGUGGGAUUGUUUGUAAGAAGACUGAUGUUUAUAGUUUUGGAGUGUUGCUUUUGGAGCUUAUCACUGGCAUGGAGGCCUUCUGUGGGGAGAAAAGAGAGCUUCUGGCUGUUUUGGCUUCCCCAUUUCUGGAGGACCCCAGCAGACUUUGUGAAGUCAUUGAUUGCAGGUUGAAUGGUUGCUAUGAUCAUAAGCAGGCGGCUUCCAUGGCCCGUAUUGCUGCUCUGUGUAUAUGUGGGGAGCCUGAAUUGAGACCUUCCAUGACUGAAGUUGUCAGAUUGAUGAAUGAAUGAUUUCGAAAAAUACAAUUGAAGAGGUUUGAGAUUUCAGUCUAAGAUUCCUGCUCAUUUUAGAUAGCUAGAAUGAUUUUGUAAAUGAAAACAGAUACUUUUUUUCUUUAUGUAUGAAAAACUUAGAUCUAUUGAUUUGUUGCUUCUGGAUUCAA